AUGUAUUCACUCGCUGAUAAAAAUAUACCAUUCAACAUUGCGAAACAACAACAAGAAAUGCAACAGCAACAAGUUGCGCAGCAACAGCAACAAUUGCAACAAGCUCAGCAGCAAAUGCAGCAGCAACAACAGCAGCAGCAGCAGCAAAGUCAGCAACAGCCCCCACAACCGUUGGAUAAUAUUUCGAAGAUCAAGCAACUGGUGGGGCCUUUGAGAGAUACUUUGGCUAUUACUAUUAAAACUGCAGCCCAAACUUUAAAUCAAAACAGUCAAAUUGAUUCUGGAUCUCAAAAAGCCCCAGAUAUUCAAAUUCCAAGGUUUGACAAAAACUUAGAAGAGUUCUACUCCAUAUGUGACCAAAUAGAGCUAAAUUUGAAAACUUCUAUCAAAUGUCUGUCGCAAGCUGAAAGUAGCAACCGCUACCUCAAUUUGCCAGUAAUUCCAACCAGAUCAGAAAGUAUAGGGAUGAACGAAAACACUUUAACAUACCCCCAAUUUUUAGCAACUGUGGGGGCUCAAGUGUCCUAUACCAAAGAAAUCCACGAGACACUACUGGCUGCUGCUCAGAGUAUUUCCCCUUCAGAAUGA